AUGUCUGCUUCCUUCCCUCCGCAGCUAUCCAUGAAGGAGGUCGGAGACGGGCUGCACGAGCAGAUGAACUGCAUGAUGGGUGCACUGCAAGAGCUGAAACUCCUCCAGGUCCAGACAGCUUUGGAGCAGUUGGACAUCUCCGGGAGCCGGAGCACCAUUCCUGGCACUGAGCAGCACCAGUGCUGCCAAAGCAGCAGAGACAUGCCCGGGGCCCGGCAGGACGAGCGGCCACGGGGGGAGGCAUCGGUGGGGGAGUACAGGCAGAGCCCCCUGGCAUGUGCCGUGCCACGGCCGGUGGGUUUGUCCCGUUCUCCUGGGCUCCCCGAGGGCACCCACCUUAGAGACACCCCCUGCUCCUUCAGGAGCCUCUGUGGGGAGGAUGUUUGUCAUGCAAAAAGACCUUCCUCCACAUCAACCAGAGCAGAGCCCGUCUGCCCAAGGACAUUUGAGCCCAUUAGCCAGGGCGCAGCUCGGGGGUGGCCGGCAUGCCAGGAGUGCCCGGGCUGUGACGAUGGCCAUGACUGGACAUCCUCCCUGAUGUCCCAGAGCAGGAAUCGGCAGCCGCUGGUUUUGGGGGAUAAUAUCUUUGCAGACUUGGUUGGGAACUGGCUGGAUCUGCCAGAGCUGGAUAAGAAGGGGGAGAAAAGCGAGACAUCCCUGUCCAUGAGCAGAUCCCAGGAGCUCUGCAGGAAGUUCUCCCUCACAGCCAACAUCUUCAAGAAGUUCCUGAGGAGCGUUCGGCCAGACCGAGACAGGCUUCUCAAGGAGAAACCUUGCUGGCUUCCACCUGAAGACAAACAGCCCGAAAUUUCUAAGAGACCCAAAAAGAUGAGCAAACUCAAGGGGACAUUUUACUUCCCACUUCAUGGGAACAUCCAGAACCAUCACAGCAAAGCAGAGAGGUGCCCAAAGGCAGAAAGCAAUAGCGAGAAACCCAAAAUUGGCACCAAGAAAGUCCACAAUACCAUAGACUACACCCAGUCUGGGUUUGACAUCAAUACAGCUGUUUGGGUCUGA